GCAUUCAUGGCUCCUGGUUCUUCAAAUGAGAAGAAAACUGAUGAUGGACAGGCUUCAAAAGAGAAUUUUAUUCAUCUCUGCAACCCUCACCUAGAGAAGAUGAAAGAAGACAUCCUGUACCAUUUUGCUCUUGGGACCGGUACCCAUGAUUUUCCAACGUUAUUUGGGGAUGUAAAGUUUGUGUGUGUUGGAGGAAGUCCUUCCCGGAUGAAAGCUUUUAUCUCCUACAUAGCAGAGGAGCUGGGGCUCGGGAGCCCCGGGUGUGACUACCCCAACAUCUGCGCGGGCACCGACCGCUAUGCGAUGUACAAAGUGGGGCCCGUUCUGUCCGUCAGUCACGGUAUGGGCAUUCCUUCUAUUUCAAUCAUGUUGCACGAGCUGAUCAAACUGUUGUAUCAUGCCAAGUGUUCUGACAUAACCAUCAUUCGCAUUGGCACCUCUGGUGGAAUAGGUCUGGAGCCAGGCUCAGUGGUUAUAACUAGGCAGUCUGUAGAUGCCACCUUCAAACCUCAGUUGGAACAGGUUGUUCUGGGAAAGACAGUAAUUCGCAGCACUAACCUGGAUGAACAGCUGGCUAAGGAGCUGAUGCAGUGCAGUAAAGAAAUUGGUCAGUUCAAUACAGUCAUUGGAAACACCAUGUGCACUUUGGAUUUUUAUGAAGGACAGGGCAGGUUGGAUGGAGCAAUCUGCUUGUAUGAUGAAGAAGAAAAGCUGCAAUACUUGAAGAAUGCUUAUGAGUCUGGUGUCAGAAACAUAGAGAUGGAGUCUUCUGUAUUUGCUGCAAUGUGUAAUCUCAGCGGUGUCAAAGCUGCUGUAGUGUGUGUCACUCUUCUGAAUCGGCUCGAAGGGGAUCAAAUCAGCAGCUCACACGAUGUCCUUGUGGAGUACCAGCAGAGGCCGCAGAAGUUAGUGGGAUAUUUCAUUAAGAAAAGUCUUGGGAAAGUAUGA